AAGCACGCCAUUUCUAUUGGCUCCCUCUCCGAGCUGUCAACUGGCGUUCCGCGGGAUCUCUGUUUUCCUAUUGGCUACGCCCUUCGCACGGGGCGGAACGUUCCUUUCAGUGCAGGAGCAGGCUGCUGCGGGAGGAAGGCGCAGCCGUUGAGAGCCCCGAAGAAAGGAGACACGGAGAAAUGCCUCCAGACCUGACGCCGGAGGAGAGGCUAGAGUUGGACAACAUCCGCCGGCGGAAGCAGGAGCUCCUGGUGGAAAUCCAGCGGCUGCGAGAUGAGCUCAGCGAAGCCAUGAAUGAGGUGGAGGGGCUGGAAGCCAACGAGGGAAGUAAAACACUCCAGAGAAACCGGAAGAUGGGGAUGGGCCGCAAGAAAUUCAACAUGGAUCCCAAAAAAGGAAUCCAGUUCCUGGUGGAAAAUGAACUGCUGCGCUCCACCCCCGAGGACAUUGCCCGCUUCCUCUACAAAGGGGAAGGACUCAACAAGACGGCCAUUGGCGACUACCUGGGCGAGCGGGAGGAGUUUAACAUCGCAGUACUCCACGCCUUUGUCGAUUUGCAUGAAUUUACUGACCUCAACCUUGUGCAGGCGCUCAGGCAGUUCCUGUGGAGUUUCCGACUGCCAGGAGAAGCCCAGAAAAUUGACCGUAUGAUGGAGGCCUUUGCCCAGCGGUAUUGCCUGUGCAACCCGGGAGUCUUUCAGUCCACAGAUACCUGCUACGUCCUCUCCUUCGCAGUGAUCAUGCUCAACACAAGCCUCCACAAUCCCAACGUCCGCGACAAGCCCACCGUUGAGAGGUUCAUCACCAUGAACCGCGGCAUCAACGACGGAGGGGACCUGCCUGAGGAGCUGCUGCGGAAUCUGUACGACAGCAUCCGCAACGAGCCCUUCAAGAUCCCCGAGGACGAUGGGAACGACCUGACCCACACGUUCUUUAACCCUGACCGCGAGGGCUGGCUCCUCAAGCUGGGAGGAGGGCGAGUGAAGACGUGGAAGAGACGCUGGUUCAUCUUGACUGACAACUGCCUCUAUUACUUUGAAUACACAACAGACAAGGAACCAAGAGGAAUUAUCCCUCUGGAGAACUUGAGCAUUCGGGAAGUGGAAGACCCUCGGAAACCAAAUUGCUUUGAGCUCUACAUUCCCAACAACAAGGGCCAGCUUAUCAAAGCCUGCAAGACGGAGGCAGACGGGCGCGUGGUCGAGGGGAACCACAUGGUCUAUCGCAUUUCGGCGCCAACACAGGAGGAGAAGGAUGAAUGGAUCAAAUCCAUCAAGGCUGCUGUGAGCGUGGAUCCAUUUUACGAGAUGCUGGCCGCCCGCAAGAAACGGAUCUCGGUGAAGCAGAAGCAGGAGCAGGCAUGAAGCGAGGAUCCUCCCGCCCCUCCUCCUCCCUCCCUUCGCUGUACCUUCCUGCAUCCCCUCUAGGACCUGCCGACAAACCCACCUGCGUUGAGCUCCAUGAAACCAACCAGCCAACCCCCUGCCCCCUUUUCCUUUGGAUCGUUGGACCACCACGCAAAAUCCGCCAGCCUGAUGGCAUGCCAGCACACCCGACGCCCUCUGCCCGCCUCCCCCUAGUUCACGUCUCCAGAGCUUCCACUUGGCCUUCUGGGAUUUGCCUGCGGGAGAGGCAUGAACUUUGGAACUGUC